AUGUUGGUGCACAGGAACAAAGACUGGAGAGAUUUUGACGGACCUGACUUCCCGCCGCAGGAGCGGGAGGAGCUUCAUUUCGACGGCGAAGCGAGGCUGGACUUGUACGAGACGGCGGCGUUCAAGGUUUUCAAGCUGAAUCAGGAUGCGCAUGAUUGGGAAAGAGUGGACAGCGUAGGGGAUUACGCAUUGUUCGUCGGAAUCAAUCGAGCGAGUUUUGUUUCAAUGGAGGAGUACCCUGGAUGUAGAACCAACUGCAUCUAUUUCACGGAUGAUUAUAGGGAAGGUCACGAGGCUCACUGCCAUGGCGGCUACGAUAUCGGCGUGUACGACGUGGGAAAGGGAAGUGUCGAGCCGUUUUCUUGUCGGGGUUUGUAUGAUCCUGUUCUGAUUUGGCCGCCGCCGGUGUGGGUGUUUCCAUCGAAAUGA